GCAUUAAGACUAUUAUAGUAACCUACUACCUAGCAAGGACAAAUUAAAAUAACUGUAAACACUUAACACUAUAUAACAGGUAUUCUACGAAGAUAGUUCUAAAUUUCCGCAGUACACUAUAGUUACAGUGAGUUGUACGAUAUCCACCUUCUACACGUUAUAGCAAUUGAUUGUUGGUAAUUAAUUACGAAUUGGUCAGUUGGUAUCUAUCUAUCUAUCUAAUCACAUACGUUUACGAUAAACUUUCGAUUUGUUGUAAAUGCUUGGAAGACCACAACUCACUCCACUGUCUAUACAGUCUGCGAAUCCCACGUCACUAAGUCAAAACAAGAACGAAGCUUGAAGAAGUUUAGACUUUUGAUUGUUAUGUCAUAGGUCCGUCUCAGACUGUCAACCAGCGUUUCACGAUGAAAUAUUACAAAAUCGAAAUUAACAAGACUGAAUGGGAAGUACCCGAUAGAUAUCAAAUGCUCACUCCAGUUGGUCUCGGCGCAUAUGGACAAGUUUGCUCAGCUGUAGACAAUCAGACUGGGCUGAAAGUUGCUAUCAAAAAACUUGCCAGACCAUUUCAAUCAGCGGUUCAUGCUAAACGUACCUAUAGAGAGCUUCGCAUGUUAAAACACAUGAACCAUGAAAAUGUAAUUGGAUUAUUAGAUGUUUUCACACCUACAAAUACUAUAAAUAAUUUUAAUCAAUUGUAUAUGGUCACACAUUUAAUGGGAGCUGACUUAAACAAUAUCAUACGUACACAAAAACUGUCUGAUGAUCAUGUCCAAUUUCUUGUUUACCAAAUUUUACGAGGUUUGAAGUACAUCCAUUCUGCUGGAAUAAUCCAUAGAGAUUUAAAACCAUCAAAUAUUGGUGUAAAUGAAGAUUGUGAAUUAAAAAUAUUAGAUUUUGGAUUAGCAAGACCAACUGAAAGUGAAAUGACUGGAUAUGUGGCUACUAGAUGGUACAGAGCACCUGAGAUAAUGUUAAACUGGAUGCAUUACAAUCAAACAGUUGAUAUUUGGUCAGUAGGCUGUAUUAUGGCUGAACUUUUAACAGGAAGGACAUUAUUUCCUGGAACUGAUCACAUACAACAAUUAAAUUUGAUUUUGGAAAUAUUAGGCACCCCAUCAAAUGAACUGAUGCAAAAGAUAUCCAGUGAAUCGGCAAAAAAAUACAUUCAGUCUUUACCAGUAAUGCUGAAAAAAGAUUUCGGUGAAGUAUUCAAAGGAGCUAAUCCAUUGGCAAUUAAACUGUUAGAAGAAAUGUUGGAAUUGGACGCUGAUAAAAGAAUGACUGCUGAAAAAGCACUUGCACAUCCAUACCUGGCACAAUAUGCUGAUCCGACUGAUGAACCAAAUUCACCUCCUUAUGAUCAAAGCUUUGAAGAUAUGGAAUUAGAUGUAGAAAAAUGGAAAGAACUUGUUUGGGAAGAAGUUGUAAGUUAUGUUCCAUCCAGACAACGAGAAUCAACAUAAGUUACUUCAACACAAUCACGAUAUCUUAUUUAAUUAUUUUUGCAAACUAUUGUGAAAAGAAUGCUCA